UGAAGUGACAAGGGUUGGGAAUUCUCACGGGGUAGGGAAAUCUAACGAACACCGGUUCCAACAAACCAGUGCUGCGAACGAGGCUUGCAACGCAAAUGCUGCGUUCUCAGAGUUCGAGCAUCGUUCUUACCACGCCCCAUAGCGACCAACCAGCUUAGAGCCGGCGCGUCAUUAGCCUUGGUUACCGGUCCUGCGGCGUGCACUAGUGGCGGGGAUGAAGUUAACACGGAAACAGGUGCUUUCCCGGGCGAAGGCGUCAGAGCUGGACAGUGUGAAGAAGUUAAACUGCUGGGGGAGCCGUCUUACUGAUAUCUCAAUAUGUCAUGAGCUUUCAAACAUAGAAGUUAUGACAUUAAGUGCAAAUAACAUUUUCACCUUGGAACCAAUAAGCCACUGUCAAAACCUGACUGAAUUAUAUCUGAGAAAAAAUAACGUUUCUAACCUGACAGAACUUUACUUCCUAAAAAAUCUUCCCAAACUGAAAGUAUUGUGGCUGUCCGAGAACCCCUGCUGCAAUCCAGAUCCACACAAAUACAGAAUGACUGUGCUAAGAAACCUUCCUAAUCUUCAGAAACUAGACAAUCAAGCUGUGACAGCGGAAGAGGUAUCCCAUGCAAUGACAGAAGGGGAAGAAAUCACAGCUGCUCCAACAAAGAUCUCAAGUACAGAAAAUGGUUCACCAGGACCUACACCAGAACAUACUUGUGGAGAGGUGACUGCUGAGUCUGAAAGCGACUUACUAAACUUCAGCAUGGAAGAAACAAACAAAAUACGUGAACAACUAGGCAUGAAACCACUUCCUAGAGACAAGUUCUCACCAUUUUCUUCACCAGUGGAGCCCUAUGGAAACAGAAAGAGAAAGAACAAUGUCCUGAACGCAAUAUUGCUGCUUCUGAAAGACCUAGAUGCUGAAGGCUUGGAGAUAGUUCAGAGGACUGCAGAGAAUCGUGUUCUCCAGCUACAGAGAAAAGGGCUCUAGCAAGAAAGAUAAAAGUAUCCAGGAGGCAGGUGCAUGCAUUCCAAUUGUAAACUGCAAUCUAGUCCACAGUCAGUACAUGCAAAUAUCAUGAUGAAUGCUUAACUGCGAGGAGCAAAUCUAACAAAAUUAGCUUUGCCUAGCACUUUAAUGAAAAUCAGUCCACAGAGUAAACACAGUUUAUAUGUAACUGCAAGUCCUUUUGCUAUUUUUGUCCAUUAAACCUUUGCAUGAUUGGGAAAUGUAUGCAAUGAAAUAUCUGUACUUGUGCAGAAUAACAGAUGUAUAUUUUUAGACACUGAUGUUUCAAGUUGAAAAAGAAUUUAUUAAAGGAUAUACCUCUUG